AUAAAAGCAGCAAGAGAAAAGCAGCAAGGCAAAAGCAGCAGAAAAGAAAGCAGCAAGACAAAAGCAGCAAAAGAGAAAGCAGCAAAUUAAAAGCAGCAAAGCAAAAGCAACAAAAGCAAAAGUAG